AUGACCUGUCUGUUGCCCCCGCCGAAGCAGCUAGACCUAACCGGCGAGCCUUGGAAUACAUGGAAAACGUGGAUCACGGAAUUUGAACUCUUUGCGGUGGCAACGCACCUGAAGGACCAGCCAAGCAAUGUUCAAGCAGCAACGCUCCUCGUCUGCAUCGGAGAGGAAGGUAGGCGGAUUUACAGCACCUUCACAUUCGAAAACGAUGCCGACAGACAGAACAUACAAGUUCUGAAGGACAAGUUUGAGCAGCACAUGAAGCCAGCUAUAAACCUAACGUACCACGAAUUUGUUUUUGGAAAGAGAGAUCAAAAAGACGGAGAGAAAUUCGAUGAGUGGUUGACCGAGCUAAGGAUCCUCGUGCGAAACUGCGAGUACGGUGUUGUCGAACAACGCAUGUUGAGAAGCCGAAUAAUACUCGGGACUAAAGACAAACAGCUACAGCAAAAGCUUAUCAACGACAAUCCCACUUUUGCGAAAGUACUCGAAAUGUGCCGAACAAAGGAACGAACGCAGGAGCAGUUCAAUGAAAUCCGCAAAGAGUAUGACCAAAAUGAGGAUGACCGAAGUGAGGACCCACCAGGAAUACAGGCGCUGCGAAAAGACCAAGCGACAUGCCGCUGUUGUGGUUUCGUACACCGCACGAGCGCAUGCCCGGCUACAGGAAAGCAAUGCCUUAGCUGUGGCAAAGUUGGACAUUUUGCAAAAUGCUGCAGCAAAGGUCCACAGUCAUCUAACAGCCGACAACUGUGCAGCGCCAAGGAAAAAGAGGAAGAAAAUACGACCACAAAGUCCGCCAAGUUGAGCGUGAGGACACUGACGAAAGCGAUGAAGACUAUCUGCUCUGUCACCUAA